AUGGACGAUAUCUACGCAACGUUUUGCAACAUUAUCCAUGGUACUAUUGAAUCUCACGUGCAUAUUUCAAACAACAUGAAAGAAUUUUCAACAUCUCACUCAAUCCAACAAAGUCAGUUGAUUGGAGCCUAUAAAGUUAAGAAGCUGGCCGAAAGAGGCAACCUAAAAUACUUAGCUGCCUAUGCGAAAACAUUCCUCAAGCAAGGACCAGUCAUGCAUAUUCUCGAAGAUCUAAUUGGGGAAAAGUACACAACAGAUAAGGAUAAAGCGGAAGCUCUCGCGGACCACUUCAAAAGCGUUUUCGUUGCUGAUUAUGGAGCCGAUCUAAAUCUUCCUCCCACCACCAACAAGUGUCUUGAAUUCCAAAUCAUUACCCCGCAAACGGUACACAAGCUUUUGCGAUCCCUUAAGCCUGGCUCCUUAACAUCGGAUGGCCUACCACAACUCUUUUUCAAAGCGUUCGCAAAAGAGCUAUCCGAACCUCUCACUCAUAUGUACAACAUCUUCUUUAUCCUUGGACAGGUUCCAUCCAUAUGGAAGCAUGCUAUAAUAAAUCCUAUCCCCAAGGUAAAAGACUCUGAGCUCAUUCCUAGCUUCAGGCCUAUCAGCAUUUUACCCACUCCACUCGAAGUUUUGGAGAAGUAG